GAGGGGGGAGUAAAUCCUUUUCUGGGAGAAGAAGGAGGGAGGGAAGAGGCAGAGGAGAGAGAGAGAGGCAAAAAGGGAGAGGAGGGCUUUGGGGAAGGGACCUGUGCCGAGUGAGGAAAGGGACUUGGGAGGCGAGGAGGGGACGAAGAUGUAGGUUUGGCUGGGCUGGGGAGGGUCCUUCUUUCUCCCCCCUCCCUCAGGCUGCUUGGCUCCCUCUCUCUCUCCUCCAUAGGCGCAGCAGGCGUGUGCGUGGCGGCGGGGGAGCGCGGGUGGGCGCCGGUGGCGGGCUCGCCUCCUUCUUGCCUUCCUUCCUUCCCUCCCUCCUUUCCCUCUUUCCCUCCUUCCCUCCCUCCUUCCUCGAGCGGCUGUCUGCUCCUGGCCCUGGACACGGCGGCGGCGGGCGAGGGGCGAACGUGCGGCUCAAAGGCUUGAAGUAUGGCAAGCAAAGAUGGUCUCUGCCAAGGAGCCCGCGGUCGCGAUGUCUUCGGGGCUGUCCCUUUCCUUGGUGCACUUCCUCAGCUUGGCGACCUGCCUGACUGUCCUCCCAGGGCAGCUCAAAAAGGAGGAGAAACUGCGCCCGGAGAAUUUCACGCGCAUCCUGGACCGUCUCCUGGAUGGUUAUGACAACAGGCUCCGUCCUGGAUUUGGGGGUCCUGUUACUGAAGUCAAAACAGAUAUCUAUGUCACCAGUUUUGGGCCGGUUUCUGAUGUAGAGAUGGAAUACACAAUGGAUGUUUUUUUCCGCCAGACUUGGGUAGAUAAGAGAUUAAGAUAUGAUGGUCCAAUUGAAAUUCUAAGACUAAACAACUUAAUGGUUACCAAAGUCUGGACACCAGACACUUUCUUCCGGAAUGGGAAAAAAUCUGUUGCACAUAAUAUGACAGCUCCAAAUAAACUGUUUCGAAUAAUGAGAAAUGGCACCAUCUUGUAUACAAUGAGGCUCACCAUAAGUGCCGAAUGCCCCAUGAGAUUGGUGGAUUUCCCAAUGGACGGUCAUGCCUGUCCUCUCAAAUUUGGGAGUUAUGCAUAUCCAAAGAGUGAAAUGAUUUACACUUGGACAAAAGGACCUCAGCAUUCAGUGGAAGUUCCUGAAGAGUCUUCCAGUUUAGUUCAGUAUGAUCUCCUUGGGCAUACAGCAUCGACUGACACUGUUAAAUCCAUUACAGGUGAAUAUAUUGUAAUGACCGUACACUUCCACCUCCGACGAAAAAUGGGUUACUUUAUGAUACAAACAUACAUUCCAUGCAUCAUGACUGUAAUCCUCUCCCAAGUUUCAUUUUGGAUCAACAAGGAAUCCGUUCCUGCCAGAACAGUUUUUGGAAUCACCACCGUCUUGACCAUGACAACACUGAGCAUCAGCGCCAGGCAUUCCUUGCCCAAAGUUUCCUAUGCCACUGCCAUGGACUGGUUCAUCGCUGUGUGCUUUGCCUUCGUAUUCUCUGCGCUCAUCGAAUUUGCUGCUGUCAACUAUUUUACUAACAUUCAAACGGAAAAAGCAAAAAAGAAAGCUGUGAAAGCUGUCACUGAUCUUCCAGCAUCUCCCAACCAGAAGGAAAAUUGUGCAGAGGAAGCACCCACGAGUACAGACUCGAAUUCCAACGUGAGGAAAAGAAUCAAUGCCACGCUACAACCGGAAUCUGAGAGUGUGAAGAAAAUUGACACCAGAAACAGUUCAGUGCCACCUUCUACAGUAACUCAGGGGCUUUCAGACAUUACGCCCCGAUCUCCUUCGGCAUCCAGCCCAAACCCAUUCAGCCGUUUAAGCCUAUCAGAAACAUUGGCUUCAGCGAGAGCGACUCCUUCCGCACCUCCCUCUACUCCCGUUUUAACAGGAUACGUAGCCCAACAAGCCACGUCUGGUUCUCCCUCCAUUCACCAUUUACUUGGAUCUAGACUGGAGCAGAUUCAAACUACAGCUAAUACUUUGGGAACUGCGGCAAAGCCUUCUGCUGUUAGUCCUCCUCCUGCUCCACUCCCAUUAAGCUCUGGCACCAGUAAGAUAGACAAAUAUGCACGCAUUUUGUUUCCUGUCACUUUUGGAGCAUUUAACAUGGUCUACUGGGUGGUGUAUCUAUCCAAGGACACCAUGGAGAAAUCAAAAAGUCUAAUGUAGUCUUGCUGCUAUGUAGUAGUUUUUUCUGCAGUUUAUUCUAAACAUGUUUGGAUGCAGAGUUUCUUCUUUUAAAACUAUUUUUUAAAAAAGAAACCUUUAAGGAUUAUUUUUUAAAACAAGGUCUGUGCUCGUUUUCCCAUGGUAAAGGGCAGAUAUUAUUAGAUAAAAUAAUUAAGCAAAGGGGGGGGGGAGGAGAGGGAAGGCUACAACCAACCUCUUUGGGCCUUCCCAAAAUGGUGUUAUAUUAAAUAAAAACACUCUGUGUUAUUGGGAAGAAUAGGGAUGGGAUGCAAAUAAACUGCAGUGGCAUAUAGAUGUGCAACACACAACCUGGCUUUUCCAGAUGAGCACACGGAUAUGUGGAAAUCUCCCUUUCUGCUGCCUGUUUCAGCAUUGUUAUGCUUCAAUAUAAGCACAGUGGCAGUUCAGUGGAAAUAACUUAAGUCUUGUUGGUAAACGACUUUAAAAACAGAUAAAAAAAGAAAAACAGAUUGGCAAUGCAAUCCUAUACAUGUCUACUCAAAAGUAGCUCCCCUGGAGUUCACACUUCAGGGAUUGCUUCAAGGUAAGUGAAUACAGGAUUGUCGCCGUGGGGACAGGGUGAGGGAGGAAUGUACUAUCUGAUAGGAAGCCUUAGAAAAAAGAUUGUUCUCAAGGAAUGUGUAAGUUUGAAUUGUGUGAUGAGAAUCAUGUAAAGAGAAAUUGUAAAGGAAUGUGAUUGUUCUGCCUUUCUAGGCUCUGCGAAGAAUGAGUGGUUCUUAAGAAAUGUUUACAUCACUUGGACAGACUCCUUUUUCUUGUAUAUUUGGGAUUCAACCUACCCAAAACGAAUCUCUCCAGAUCUAUCCCAUUCAUAUAAGUGGGACAGAAAAGCACUUCACUUAGGCUGGAUUUAUUGUCUGUCUGACCAGAUCUCCUUUUAUUGAAACCAACCUGCUAGGAAUAUCAUCCUGAAUUUCAUGUAUGCAUUCUGUAAACCUUUUUAAAAUGGUUAUCCAUAUGUUUUUGCCAUGUUCAUUUCAAGGUUGAUAAAUAUUACCCUUUAACUAUGACAUUAUAAUCAAUAAGUGCCAAAACAAUGGGUUUUUAUUUUGCUUCUUUGCCAUACAUAUAGUUUGCAUAACAUGACCAUUCCAAUUCAUUCAUCUUGGCUGGAGUAUAUAACAAAUUGAAACAGGAUUGGGCUGAUAUUUCUGAUUAGAACAGAAUUAGCCAUAAGAGUUUAGUGCCCAUUCAUAUAAUAAUACUACAGUGUCGUUGGAAUUCCUUCCUGUGGUCUUUGGUAAUAUUAUAGUAAUACAUAAUGAGAAACCAUAUAUUUUCCGUGGCACCAUGUGUGCAUGGCACCAGAUCACAGCAAAUUGGCUCCCAUACAAUAUAUUUUACAACUAAUAAAAUCCGCAUUUUGGGGAGUUCAAUUUUAAUGUGUUUUAAUAUAGUCAAUAAUAGAUAGGAAAUUUUGUUGGACAACUAUUAUAGGACUACUGUAGUUUGAAACCUGUGUUUUCCAUGAUUUCCAUUUUUGAAAAGGAAAUGAAUAACAACACUGUCAGGUUUUGUUUCCAGUUGUCAUUUGAAUUAACAUAAGAUAUUUCUUGGUUAGGAAUUCGACAAACUACCUGUGCAGUUUUUCAGAAUAGUUUCUCUUAGUAUUCAAGCCAUGGCAACUGUAAUGGCUAGUAGUUUCAGGAGCAUGGUUUCAAAAAGAUAGGCAGGUGUCAUGGAGUUUAAAAAAGGGGCAACACUAUGGACUGACAUGCCUCCUCAGAAUUUCCAAGCUUUUGAUAUGGAUUGCAUUAGAGAUUCUCCACCUUAAAGAAAAUCAAAUCUCUAUCACAUCGAUCUUUUAUUUGGCCACAUUAUAAUAUUAUUAUUAUACUUACGUAUAUUCACCUUUUCUCAGGAACUGAUACCCUAAAGUGGUUCAUAACCUUAAAAAACUAUAUAGUUUAAAAAUCUACAAAACAUAAAUAUUAAAACAGAAUUAUAUAUUAUCAUCAUUAAAAUAUCUCUGUGUAGGGAAGACUUAGAUAGACCUACACCAUGAGUAAUCAGCCAAGCUGUAGAAAGCCCACAUGGCAUUUAUAGUGGGCUAUCAGGAGUAUGAUAGGUACCAAUGUUUGCUGUCUGCCUUGGACUCCAUGAAGAUGGGAGUUAUCUAGUAGGCCACAAUAUAUGACUGAUUGGCUAGAUUUGUUCAUUGUGUCAUGUGCUUGGAAAGAGGCAAACACAAGCAUGGAAAUGACCAUAAUUGUUUAACCAGCCAAUUCAUACCAAAGUUUCUCCAUAUUUGUAUGAUAUUUGUACAUGUUUCAGGGGUAGGUGUUCAUGUGAAGUAGUUCAUAGCCCUGUUUAAGUUGGGCGAUCUCUGUCUCCUACCUAGAAAGCUUAUUGUGUUUGUGUAUUUGGCCUCCAUGCUUGAUUUACCUACCAUGUGUCUCUUUCUCAUUUUCUUCCUGAACUAUUUGUCAUUGCAGCCAAGGAGCCUGGCCCAAAAAGAUUAUGUGUUUACCAUGUCAUUUCCUUCUUUCAGCUAUGCAGUUGGUGUCUCAACCCACAACAGUUGAUACCAUAUAUAGGGUUAUUACCCAAUAAGCAUUGCUUCUCCUGUGUUUAGCAAGAAUGGGGUUACUUUAGAGUCAUACUCCAAGGAGACAUUGAUUUGGUGAGCACUUGAGAUAUCAAUGGCAGCUAUGAAUAUACUGUUCUGAAGCCUCCCAAGCUAAGCAAUUAUAGUUUUAUAUUCCACUUAAAUUGUAGCAACAUUCUAUGGACUCCUAGAAUUUGUGGUUUAGGAAGGGAUAAUCAGAAUUCUCAUCCACUGAACUCUAAUGCAUCACCAACCUGCAAAUACCACAGCCCCAUAGGAUGUUGCCAUGGGAAGUUAAGGGGACGUAUAGUACUAUAAUUAUGCAGUGUGAGUGGGCACCUGUUUAAGUUGCCUUGAUCACUAAUCUGUGUUUGUCU